UCAACUCCUAAGAAGGCCAAGCCUUGGCUGACAAUUCCAAACAGUACUUCGAUUCACCGUUUACCUUGGUCCUUGACUCUUAGCCGCGCAAUAAACGCUGUACAAUGCCGCUCGAAAUCCGCCCAGCCGUCGAGGCCGAUAGCGACAGGAUCGGCUGGAUCGGCCGGGACGCCUUCCGCGACUCGGGCUCCGAGGCCGUCUUCCCGCCGCACCUGUACGACAAAUCCGAGACCGGCGACAUCGCGCUCGACGAAGCGCAAUGGCGGGCGGCGAGGAACCUGGCCAGGAUGAGAGAGGGCAAACCAACCUUUGUGUGUGUGGAUGUCGCCGAAGACGAUAGUAACGAUACUGGCGGUCCGGAAAGGAUCAUCGGAUACGCCCAGUGGGAAGUCCCUCUGCCGCCGGUGGCAGGCGAAACCGGGGAGGCCAAAAAGUCCGGCUAUUAUAACCAGGAACCAUUCCCGCCUAGUUUGGAUCAGGACGCUUUGUUCAAGAUAUAUAAGACGGUCGAAGAUGAGACGAAGAGGGCUCUUGGCCCCGACGGUCAUAGCAAAAUGUGGUACCUGAUGUCGCUUGCCGUCGACCCGACCCAGCAGCGCCGGGGGAUUGGGCGGAAGUUGAUGCACCACGGGCUGGACUUGGCGUCACAGGCCGGAAUGGACGUGUUCCUGCUCGCCACGCCGGCAGGUCGGGGACUGUACGAGUCGCUUGGGUUCCGCCAGAUCGGGGACUCGUUCCUCCUGGCCGACAUCCCUCACUACGCAAUGCUGUGGCGGCGAUCCGGGGCUGGCUCGGCUUGAUCUCUGCAUGUAUUUUUGUUCGCAGGCAAAGCCCCGGGGAGUGCUGCAUCCGCUUAGCUACAUUCGAGGCUCUCUCUAGCUUUGAUAUGCCGCUCUGAUUAUAAUUACCCGCCCUUUUCCUUCCUUCCAGCACUUCGAGGGCGGUUGAAACAUCGGUGAUCG